AUGCUGCAGCGUAACUGCUCCCACACUGCUCUUUUCACAUCUGAUGCCACAGUCCUCAGUGGCGUGGGCUGCCCCGACGCUUCUGUGGUGUGUGGGAUGAAUAUCUCCUGGUUGUUGGCUAAGGCUACUGCUCAGGAUCUGUAUUACAUGUGUUUAAGCGAGGAGGAGUACCUAUCCAUGCAUCUGGGCCCGGUCAGGUCCCCUGUGUUCCUUCCUGUCUGUGUCACCUACCUUAUCAUCUUUAUGGUGGGCGUACUGGGCAAUUCUCUCACCUGCACUGUGAUUUUGCGCAACAGGGUGAUGCAGACGCCCACCAACUACUACCUGAUGAGCCUGGCAGUCUCUGACCUGCUGGUGCUGCUGCUGGGCAUGCCAUUAGAGCUCUACGAAAUGUGGCAGAACUACCCCUUCCUGCUCGGGGAGGGCGGUUGCUACUUUAAAACCUUCUUAUUUGAGACUGUCUGCUUCGCCUCCAUCCUUAAUGUUACAGCGCUGAGCGUGGAGCGCUACAUGGCGGUGGUGCACCCCCUCAAGGUCAAACACAUGACCACACGGGCUCACGUAAAGAGGGUCAUCUUCAUGCUGUGGGUGCUUUCCAUGCUGUGUGCUGUGCCAAACACUAGUCUGCAUGGCAUGGUGGUGCUGCCUUCAUGGUUUGGACGAGAGUUCCCCCGAUCUGCUAUCUGCCAUGUGAUUAAGCCCACCUGGGUGUACAACCUCAUCAUCCUGAUUUCCACGUUGGUUUUCUUCCUGCUCCCCAUGAUGAUAAUCAGCAUCCUCUACCUGAUCAUUGGUGUGCGGCUGCAGAGGGACAGGUUGAUGACUGUGGUGGACACAAGCUUUGGACCGGAAAGUCUCUCCAGGUCCCACAAGCAGAAACUGAGCAGACGCAACCUGCAAGUCACCAAAAUGCUGUGUGUGCUGGUGAUUGUGUUCGGACUUUGCUGGGCCCCCUUCCAUGUGGACCGCCUGAUGUGGAGCUACAUUGAUCCCUCGUCCGAGCAGCACCUCCAGGUCUUCGAGGUCGUCCACAUCGUCUCCGGGGUCUUCUUCUACCUGAGCUCUGCCAUCAACCCCGUCCUCUACAACCUCAUGUCCACCAGGUUCAGAGAAAUGUUCAGUCACGUUACUUGUUAUCAUAACAGCUUGCCCGCACGCUUCAGCCAACAGAUGACCCAACGCAGCACCUUGAGUGAGAAAAUGCCCAGCAGUACUUAG